ACCAUCGGAAACACUAUUUAAUUGGUUUAUCCGACGGAAAUUUUUCCUCGGCGCACGUGUAUCGAGUUUUAACUUUAUCAAUUAAUUACGAGGCGAUCGACUACCGCGCUCGUUACGCGACCGACCAUUACGUAUGUGUCAACGUCUGAACGUGAUAAGUCCCCUUAGGCAUCCGCAAUGUGCAUCUAGCGUAUUGCACUUGGCAAACAAUUUCGCAACGACGCGAGAUAUACAGUGACGUCGGCUCUCGCGUCGCGAUCCUCCAAUAAAUCUCUGUCGUUUAUUUCGGGCGUCUCUCGAUAACGAGACAAAGAGACAGAGUGUGUGUGUGUGUGAGAGAGAGAGAGAGAGAGAGAAAAAAAAAUUCGGAGAUUCUUUUGUGCCACGUACGACGGAUAUCGGCGUCGAGAGAGUCGCUGCCGUUCCGCUCGGGCGACAUGACGAGCGUCUUAUCCCUGCGCGUGUAUCUUUAAUCCACGUUAAUUACGCAGUUGCGUGUGACGUAAACACGCGGGGGCCGCCGAUGUUCCUUCCGUACGAUCUUCCUCGCGUUAAUCCCCGGACGGCGGCGGCCGCGGUCGAAAGAACUCGCUCGCUUGGGCAAUCGCUCGCCUAUCACCGACCCACGCGGUCGCCCCGAUAGAACGCAGAGCUACUUGUCGGGUGAUCUAGUGCGCGCCGCGCGAUCCCAAGAUCCGGUAGCGAACCGACCAUGGUGGAGUUCACGCCGGUUUACGACGACGCCACCGCGCGAUCGCUCGGGGGCGAGUUCGCGCGGCUCCAAGGCGAGUGCUACGUGGACCACGCGGGCGCGACUCUGUACUCGGACACGCAGAUCAGAAACGUGGGCGCCGAUCUGCACAGCUCUCUCUACGCGAACCCGCACUCCAUCGGCAUCGGGAGUUCGUUGACACAGGACAUUAUCGAGCGCACGAGAUACCGAAUUCUGAGCCACUUCAACACGAGCCCCGACGAGUACAGCGUUAUCUUCACCUCGGGCGCCACGGCGAGUCUAAAGAUAAUCGCGGAUGGAUUCCGCUUCGGGACGGACCAGACCGCGUUCACGCGCGCGGGCAGUUUCGUCUACGUGCAGGACAAUCACACGUCGGUCCUGGGGAUGCGGGACGUGGUCGCUGGCAGGGGCGCGGAGGUCAUCUGCCUGGGCCACGAUCAGGCGUUUCGGACUCUCGGCGAGCGUACGUGCCGUCGCGAUCCCGACGAGCGGCAGGGCGGCAAUUCCCUCUUCGUGUACUCGGCGCAGUGCAACUUUUCCGGACUCAAGUAUCCCCUCAAAUGGAUCGGAGCCGCGCACGCCGGAGCGCUCUCCGCUCUCGCCGGCGGACCGUCGACCAGGUGGUACGUCCUGCUCGACGCGGCCGGAUUCGCGCCGACGAACAACCUGGACUUGUCCGUCUUCAAACCGGACUUCGUGUGUCUGUCUUUCUACAAAAUGUUCGGCUAUCCCACCGGUAUCGGCGCCCUGCUCGUGAGGAACGCCAGCGCGGACGUUCUGGAGAAGGUUUACUACGGCGGCGGUACCGUGGACGUCGCUCUCAGCUCCGAAAGGUUUCACAGGAAACGUCAGGCGCUGUGUCAAAGGUUCGAGGAUGGGACCGUGCCGUUUCUGUCUAUCGCGUCGCUGCGGCACGGCUUCGAGAUACUUUCGCGGCUGACCAUGGAGCAGAUAUCGAGACACGUUUUCUCUCUCGCCAGGACCCUGCAUCACUCCCUGCUAACGUUACACCACUGCAACGGUAAACCAGUCGUCAAGCUCUACUCCGAUUCCGAUUACGAGGAUCGCGACUCACAGGGCGGGAUCGUUUCGUUUAAUCUUAUCCGGUCCAACGGCGAAUACGUAGGGUACAUGGAGGUCGUCAACAUGGCAGCGUUAUUCAAGAUUCACCUUAGGACUGGCUGCUUUUGCAAUCCCGGCGCGUGCCAGAGGCACCUGUCCCUCUCGACCAAGGAGAUUCUUCAAAACUACGAGGCGGGAUACACGUGCGGCGGUGCCGCGGAUUUGCUAAACGGCAAACCGACCGGAGCGGUGAGAAUCUCCUUCGGCUAUAUGUCCACGAUCAAGGACGUUCAGACGGUCUUGCUUAUGAUCACCAAGUGUUUCGUCGACGAGCCGUGCAUCAGAAGAUUGCCGCAAUGGUGGGAGAGCCGCAAGUCGGGAGUUAAUGAAAAUCACAAGCACUUUUACAAUUCCAACAUCUUGGAUCAUUCUAUUCCGCGUAUUACAAGUGACGAAAAGAACAACAGGAACGAUAACAAAAGUGAGAGCCUUGGUCGCAUUAUGAAUUCCGUGAACUACAAUAAAGCGAAUGCGCAAAUGAGCAAAUGUACCGUGCGACGGCUGUUCGUAUAUCCUAUCAAAUCGUGCGGAGCGCAUGAAAUUGCGGACUCAUGGAACUUGAACUCGAAGGGUCUGGAAUACGACAGAGAAUGGAUGAUAAUGACAUCCUCUGGCACUUGCUUGACGCAAAAGCAUCACACGAAUCUGUGCCUGCUCAAGCCCGUUAUUCUUAGAGAGCAAAAAAUUAUGAAACUGACGUAUCCAGGAAUGCCAGCAAUUGAAGUCCCUUUAGAAAAUACUUAUGAAAAGUCUGUGGAACAUCCUGUAUGCCAAAGCAGAGUGUGCGAGAGUAGAGUGCAAGGUAUUGAUUGCGGACCGGAAGCUUCCGAGUGGCUGAGCUUGGCACUGGGCAAGCCAAAUCUCAGAUUGAUUCGACAGAGUCAUGGGAGGCAAAAGAAAGGAUUGGAUAAGACAGAGCUAUCGUUUUCCAGUCAGGCACAGUAUUUGGCAGUGAACGAGGCAAGUGUGUCAUGGCUCGUCGACAGGGUAUCCGAGGACUUGGAUUUCGAGAAGGAUACAGCCGUGCACCGGUUCAGAGGAAACAUUAUCGUGGAAGGCUGCGAGGCCUUCGACGAGAUGCAAUGGAAGCGCGUCCGCAUCGGAAAUAAUAAUUUUAAAGUAAACGGUCCUUGCACGAGAUGUCAGAUGAUAUGCAUCGAUCAAACAACCGGCAGGAAGACCGUCGAGCCGUUGAGAACGCUAGCGGAGGAGUUCCACGGGAAGCUGAGGUUUGGAAUCUAUUUAACCAGAUUGGAAAGUACGCAGGGUACGCUCAAAAUUGGCGAUCACGUCUACUAUUUUUCAACGGACCACUUCUAGCUCAAUUAUUAUCUAAACUUCGUGCGCAAUGCUUAUCGUGUGCGAGCUACAGAAGAAUCUCAAAUGCUAAGUAUUCAAUUUUAUGUAUAUACUGAGUAAGUACAUAAAUAUUAUAAAUGUUUAUAGUAAAUACAUAAACAUAGCGAAUACUUUUUAUUUCCGUAAUAAAUAUCAAUAAGGCGAGCUCUCCAUCCUGUACCUGGCCUGUAAUAAAACGCGUUUACAAAAGCA